UCUCUUUUGCGCUCAAACUUUCACCAUCCAAACAUAACCUUAAGCAGUGAAUUGGGGAGCCUGAUUUUCAAAGUUCAAAGAUUGCAAAGGUGGCUUCGGCCGUCGCAGAACCCUAACUGUGACUCCUUUGCCGUUCGUCGGAUAGCUGGCCGCCGUGACUAGUGACUUCUUCUUUAUAUUUACAGGCACACAUUUGUUUUAAGUAAUAACUUGUAUUACCUUCCUCUCCAAAAAGGCUGCAGCACAACACUACACCAAAUUUUCUUCCUUCUACACAGUGCAAAGCGACACUUUCCUUUCUCUCCUAAAGGCUGCAGCAUAAGAAGGAGACGCGUGUGAACAGCAGCACAGCAGGGAGAAGCGGUCGCACAGUGAUUAAGUCAAGAAGGAACACAAAAGCGGAUGCAGAAGUGAAACCUACAUUAGAUAAAUCAUUCAAUCGAAAAUCCUGAACAGUAUGAAGACGCUGAACAGUAUGAAGCCGCCAGGACUGGCUUCUAAAUUGAAAAGGAAAAGGGAAGAAGGUAAAGGCAAGAAAAAAAAGAAAAGAGGUAACAAGGAAAAAAGCAAGGUUGUAGACAUCCGUGAACCUUAUAACAUGCUAGAGGAUGACCAUAAUGAAGGAGAAGGGUUUGACAAUGAGUCUACUAAAAGCAAAGUUGUGGAAAAUUUGAGUCAAGAUCCUGAUGAAAAUGAUUCUGGAUUAACAGAAGGUUCUGAAAUCGAAGAUGUUGAGUUUCAUUCCGAUGAAGAGGAUAUUGGAAUUAAUGGUCAAACAGCUUAUGAAGAUUCAACGCAUUUGAGCUUUUUCGAUUUACAUUUGCAACAUAGUUUAUCGAAAGAAGAAAUUGACUGCAAAAGUAACGUGAAAUUUAGCUGGGAGACUCCAGCGAUUGGUAUGAAAAAUUGCAAGUGGAUAGGAACUGGAAAGAACAUUAUGGAGGAUUUGGAUAUCAAUUCUUGUCACGGUCUCAAGGAAAAGUUGUCUGAACAUUGGAUGGAUGUCUAUAAGACAUCUGGGGGCAAAGAUAUGAGUUCACCUAAACAAAGCAUAUUUUUCUCCCUUUGCAGCAGUUAUCGGGAUAUACUUUACUGUAAUAAGAGGCCUUUCUAUCUCAAAGGCCUUGAAGAUGCAAGUAUUAUGGAUGCUUACAUAAUGCAUUCUCUCAAUCAUGUCUUCAGAACUAGAGACUCUGUGAAAAAAAAUGAUGCCAAACUGACCAAGCUUAAAGAGUAUACUGAAAGUGAUAAAUUUCGAGAUCAAGGUUUUACCCGACCUAAGGUUUUAAUAUUAUUGCCACUAGCAAGUAUUAUGUACCGUGUUGUAAAGAGGCUUAUACAUCUUACGCCUUCAGCUUACAAGGUCAAUGUUGAACAUAAGGAUCGAUUUACCACUAAAUUUGGAAGUGAAGAAGAUACAGGUGAUAUAGAAAAUGUUGACGAGUCCGAAAAUUCAAAAGCUCAUAAGUCUUCCAAAGCAUCUGACUUUCAAAUGCUUUUUGGUGGAAAUAAUGAGGAUGACUUCAUGAUUGGCAUCAAAUUCACAAGGAAGACAAUCAAGUUGUUCAGUGAUUUCCAUACCUCAGACAUUAUUAUUGCUUCAGCACUAUGCUUGGUUAAUAAAAUUGAGGAGGCCGGGAUUAAUAAGGAAAAAGAUGUAGAUUUUCUUUCAUCCAUAGAGGUUUUGAUUAUUGAUCAUGCAGAUGUAAUAUCAAUGCAGAAUUGGUCUCAUGUUCAUACGGUUAUUGAACACUUGAAUCGUUUACCAUCCAAGCAACCUGGUACAGAUGUAAUGCGCAUUAGACCUUGGUAUAUUCUAUUGUAACUAUCCUAUGUUAAAGUUGUGUUAUUUUUUUUUCUCAUUUAUUAGUGUUGACCCACAAUUUUUUCCCUCGUUUUCAUUUUCUUAAUUUAGCACAGAAAAAUUAUUAGCACUUAAUUAAUUGGAGCUAUUUAUCUUUAGAUGAAGCUAGCAGAAUAAAUUAUAAUGAAGGGUCUGCUUCAAGUCGUAGUGGUGUUUAUUUGGAGAAUUGGAGGUUUUCCAUUUUUAACCAUGCCAUUGUGGUAUCUUGUU